AUGCGGGAAGCUGUUCAAGCGAUUUUGGAUGGAAGAAUGGGAUAUUAUAAAGCAGCGAAACAAUUUAAUGUGCCACAGACGACACUGGAGAGAAAAGUUAAGGCUGCUCGACCACUAUUAAAUGAGACAUCUAAAGAAAACUUACCCUUAUCCAUACCAAUUAAAGUACCAUUGGGUCCUAGGCAGCCUGUUUUUUCUUUAUCUGAAGAGAAGGAACUUUGUGCCUAUUUACUAGAAAUGGAAGAGAGGUUAUAUGGACUUACGGUUGAAGAUCUAAAGGCAUUAGUAUACCAGUUAGCAAUUAAAAAUAAUAAGCCUAAUCCAUUCAACGCUGAGAAGAAAGAAGCUGAAAAAAAAGAGGCUGAACAGAAAAAAAUAGAGAAAAUAGAAACAAAAAAGAGAAAAGAUGAAUUAAAAAAACAGAAGAAAACUACUACAAAAGCUCAAAAUAAAAAAUCUAAGAAGGAUAACCGAUCAGCGAAAACAGCAGAACAGCGAAAAGUCUCAUCAUCUGAAGAUGAAAGUGAAGAAGAGGGGGACACGCCAUUAAAAAGCGGUGAAGUAAAUUCUGACCUAACGUUACUGGACUACCUCCGAAAUCACCUGGAACUAAGGGGUACCAAGUACAUGUGCCGCGAGGCAGGUUGCGGCUCUUGCAUGGUCACCGUGAAACAGUCCAAAGGUCAACCGUAUGCUGUCAACUCGUGCAUGUUGACAGUGGUAUCAUGCCAUGGUCUGAACAUCACCACUAUCGAAGGACUGGGGAACAGACAUACCGGCUACCAUCCAUUGCAGACCACACUUGCCAAGUACAAUGGCUCCCAGUGUGGAUAUUGUUCUCCUGGUUGGAUUAUGUCCAUGCACAGUUUACAAGAAAGCAAUCCAAAUCUUACGCAAUUGGAAAUAGAACAAUCUUUAGGAAGUAACAUCUGCCGCUGUACAGGAUACCGACCAAUCCUUGAUGCUUUCAAAAGCCUUGCCGUUGACAGCGUUGACAAAAACUUACAAGAUAUUGAAGAUCUGAAAAUCUGUAAGAAAACUGGAAACAAGUGUGACGAACAACAUUGUGAUGAUAGUGACUGGUGUAUAGUGAAAGAAGAUGAUCUACUUAAUACUAGAAUGAUACAAAUGAAAUUAAAAGAUGGAAAGUAUUGGUACAAAGUUACAUGUAUAAAGAAUAUUUUUGAUAUAUUAGACGAUAAAGGUGAAGACUCAUACAUGUUAGUAGCUGGGAAUACUGCUAGAGGAGCAUACCCCAUAGAAGAAUUUCCUAAAGUAAUGAUUGAUAUUAAUGCAGUUCCUGAACUUAAAGGUUAUAAAAUCGACCAGAACCUUAUCAUAUACGGUGGAGUAACGCUAACUGAACUAUUGAAUAUAUUCAAAAGAAUAGCAACGCUAGAAUAUUUUGCAUAUUUGACAAAAUUUUAUGAUCAUUUGAGGAAAGUUGCUCAUAUACCAGUAAGGAAUAUCGGAACUAUAGCUGGUAAUCUGAUGAUUAAACAUAAACACAACUUCUUCGCAUCCGACAUUUAUCUACUUCUGCAGACUGUUGGAGCACAGCUGACUUUGGUGAGUCGCCGUUCCAGAACUAAAACUGUGACUAUGGAAGAAUUCUUGAAAAUAGAUAUGAAAGGUGUAAUUAUCCUGAAUGUUAUGCUACCUCCUUUGAGCUGUGAAUAUCAAGUUGCAACUUUUAAGGUAAUGCCAAGAAGCACAAGUUACCACUCGAUAGUGAAUGCUGGAUUUUUAUAUCAACUACAUAAUCAAAAUAAAGUUAUAUGCUCAAGGAUUGCCUUCGGUGGUCUUUCACCAUCAUUCACGAGAGCUUCUAAAACGGAACGAUUUUUGACUGGAAAACAACUAUUUACCAAUGAUAUUUUACAAUCUGCUGUAAAAGUUUUAAAUGAUGAAAUCGUAGUUGAAGAAAAUCCACCAGAACCCAGCGUUGAGUACAGACGAAAAUUGGCACUUGGAUUAUUUUAUAAGGGUCUUCUAUCGUUAUGUCCAGACAACUUACUUAACGCUCGUUACAAAACAGGAGCAAUCAAAAUUCAUGACACGCGUCCAGUAUCAAAAGGUGUUCAGUAUUUUGAAACAGACCCAUCAACGUAUCCUUUAAAUCAACCCAUCCAGAAAGUCGAAGCAUUGAUUCAAUGCGCAGGGGAAGCACAUUAUACCGAUGACUUGCCUUCACUACCUAAUGAAGUUCAUGCUGCUUUUGUGGUCACUACCAUUGGAGUUGGGGAAAUCGUAUCCAUAGAUGCAUCAAAAGCUUUAAGCCAACCAGGUGUUGUGGCGUUUUAUACUGCAAAAGACAUACCUGGUCAUAAUUCUUUUACGCCAACUAACGGCCGCAAUUUUCCAGUAGAUGAAGAAAUAUUUUGCGAAAAGCAAGUCAAAUAUUUCAAUCAACCUCUUGGGGUAAUUGUGGCUGAAACACAUGCUCUCGCAGAGAAAGCCGCGAAAAUGGUUAAAGUACAAUAUAAAAAUAUUCGCAAACCAGUACUUGACGUCAAAGAAGCUAUCAAAGAUCCAAAUAGAGUCUCAUUUUAUGCUUCUGAUGAUGCUACCGAUGUAGGUAAAGAUGUACAGAAAGUUAUAAAGGGUGGAGUAACAAUAUAUGCUCAGAAUCACUUUUGUAUAGAAAACAUACUUUGCGUCAUUCGUCCUACGGAAGAAGGAAUAAAAGUCUACACGAGUUCACAAUACGUUGAUUCAAUACACGUAGGAAUGUCAAAAGCUUUGAACGUAGACCAAAGUAGUAUUGAUAUUUAUGUCAGACGCGUUGGAGGUUCAUACGGCCUCAAACUUACUCGCAACGUCCAAGCAGCUAUUGCGUGCGCUCUCGUGGUAUUGAAGUUAAAUAGAACGUGCAGGUUCAUUCAAUCUCUGACUAGUACCACUAGAUCAUUGGGAAAAAAGCUUCCUUCUACAACUAAUUACGAGAUUGCUGUCAACAAUAGUGGAGUUAUACAAUACAUAAACUACAACUUGUAUAUGGACAAUGGUCACACUGUCAAUUUCAAAUUCAACUUUCUUAUUAUGAGUUCGUAUAAUAACUGCUACGACAAAUCUAGAUGGAAUUUGCGUUGUUACAACGCUACUACUGAUGUCCCUAAGAAUGACUGGUUAAGAGCUAUUGGAGCUCUAGACGGUAUUGCACAUGCUGAAAUUAUCAUGGAAAGGAUUUCGUAUGAACUAGCGUUAGAUCCGAUACAAGUCCGUUUAAAUAACUUAGACAGACAAACAUCUGGUGCCAUAGAAGACAUGUAUGAUACUCUUAAAAGUCAAGCGAAGUAUGAUGACCGAAGAUUAGCAGUGGAUAAUUAUAAUAAACAGAAUAGAUGGAAGAAGCGCGGACUUAGAUUUUCAUUCACAAGAUGGCCUUUGCCGGCAUUGGGGUACAAUAACGUAUUACUAUCUAUUUACCAUGGUGAUGGAAGUGUAGCCAUCGCUCACGGAGGAAUAGAAAUGGGACAAGGUAUUAACACUAAAGUGAUACAAGUCUGCGCUUAUUAUUUCAAAAUUCCAUUGAGUAAAAUCAAAGUUAAAGGAUAUGAUACAAUGUCCACUCCGAACAGUGCUGAAACUGCUGGGAGUAUAGGAUCGCAGAACAUCGCUUUGGGAGUCAGUAGAUGUUGUGAAACUAUUUUGGAAAGACUCAAACCUAUACGUAAUAAAAUGGGAGAUGCAACGUGGGAACAAAUUGUGGAAGCGGCUCAUACAGCUGGUAUAGACUUGCAAGCACAAAGUUUUGUAAACACUAGUGAUGCUACUAAAUAUUCCUAUAACGUUUUUGGAGUUGCGCUAGCUGAAGUUGAGAUUGAUGUGUUAACUGGAGAAUCGGAGCUUAUAAGGGUUGAUGUAAUGGAGGAUGUUGGUAAAAGUAUGAGUCCAGAAAUUGAUGUGGGACAGGUAGAAGGUGGAUUUAUGAUGGGCGUUGGUUAUUGGACCUCAGAGAGAUUAGUUUAUGACAAAAAUACUGGCGAAUUAUUAAGUAAUCGGACCUGGAACUAUGCAGUGCCCAUGAACACAGAUAUACCUCAAGACUUCAGAGUCUAUUUCAAAAAGAAUUCUUAUAGUUAUGCAGCCAUUCAUGGAGCUAAAGCUGUUGGCGAGCCCCCGAUGUGUAUGUCAGUAGUCGUAGCAUUAGCUAUCAGAGAAGCAAUAUCUGAAGCUAGAAAGGAGUCAGGAAUACCUACUACACAAUGGUUUAAUAUUGGAGCUAUGAUGCCACAUUCAGACAGACAUGUCCUGCGGACGACAGACUCGGGGCGUCUUGUCGUCCGACCCCCGAGGGCGGUGGGUCUCCACGACGAUUUUCCAAACGGAUAA